AUGAUUGAAUUGGGAUUACAUAGAAUAACGAAAUUGUUAUCAAUUUUGAAUAAUCCACAAUGUAAAUAUAAAUGUGUUCAUGUUGCAGGAACGAAUGGAAAGGGUUCAACUUUGGCUUAUUUAAGUUCGAUAUUGACACAUGCAAAGAUUAGAAAUGGAAAAUUCACAAGUCCACAUUUAAUAGAAUACAACGAUUCAUUAAGUAUUAAUGAUAGAGUUUAUCCCCGAGCGAAAUUCGAUCAGAAAAUGAAUGAGAUUAAAAGAUUGAAUACCAAUUUGGAGUUACAAUGUACUGAAUUUGAAAUAUUGACUGCUACGGCAUUGAAGAUAUUCCAUGAUGAAAUGGUUGAGAUUGCUUUAAUUGAAGUUGGUGUAGGUGGUCGUCUUGAUGCUACUAAUGUAUUAAGAGCUGAACAAUUGAUAGCUUGUGGAAUUACUAAAAUUUCAAUGGAUCAUGAGAGUUUAUUAGGUGAUUCAAUUGAAAAAAUUGCAUUUGAAAAAGCUGGGAUUGUGAAAGAUGGUGUGUCGGUAUUUAUUGAUUCUACUAAUGUUCCGGAAGUGAUUGACGUUGUUAGAAAGGUGGCGAGUGAACGAAAUGCUAAGUUGGAAGUAGUAAUUCCGAGUGAUCAAGAUAGAGAAAUGUUGAAGUAUUCACCAUUAAAGGGAUCAUAUCAGAUUAAUAAUUUAUCAUUGGCACUUAGGAUAUUGAAGGAGAUUAAUAUUGAGAAUGUCAUCGAUGGCAUUAAAAGUGUCAAUUGGCCUGGUCGAUUACAGAAUAUAAAGACUCCAUUUGGUGAUGUUUUAAUUGAUGGUGCUCAUAAUGAAAAUGCAGCUAUUGAAUUAAGAAAAUAUCUAAAUGAAACAUAUGGUGACAUCCCCAAGGUGUUUGUCAUUGGAAUGACCAAGGGUAAGAAUGUAAGAAAGUUAAUAAGUCAAUUAGUUGGUCCAAAUGAUAUAAUUGUUCCAACACUGUUUUCUCAACCUGAGAAUAUGCCAUGGAUUAAAUCUGAAUCAUUAGAGAAAUUAAAGAAAGUAGGUUCUGAAUUCUGUGAAGUUAAACAGAUGGAAUUUGAAGAGGUUUUCAAAUUAGAUCGACCAGUGAUUGUAUGCGGUAGUUUAUAUUUAUGUGCUGAUAUACUAAAGAAAUAUAGUUAA